CGGGCUCUUUCCACUAAACGACGUCGCUUCUCGUUUUACAGAGCGAGCCCGUUUGGAUCCAGGGCAAUGUGGGGGCCGGGCGCACAUGCACAGCUUCAGACGAGGAAAGAACUUCGAGGGUGAGAGGCCUCUGUCUUGUGGUCACCAUCUGCUCUAAUGCUGACAUCCGGAGCCGGGACCCAGCCAGCCCCACUUGAGUCCUCCAUGUCUGGCGUGGCACAAGAAUUGUAUAAUGAACUUCCUGUCAGCAUCUCCCCUGAGCUGCCUGCUGAGCGUGAGCCAAGUGUUAAUCCAGAUGCAAAACCUGAAGCCCCAAGCUCUCCGUUAGGAUCUGGCAGUAAAUUGCCAGCAAAGCAGCCCGAGACUCAGUUGGUGAAAAAUGGCGCUCAAAAACCCGAGACUCUGGACCACGGGGACAAAGCUGGGUGUCCUAAGCUGGCAGAAUCCACAGCCAGAGAACCGGUGGCUUCUGGAGACUUUGACAGUAAAGAUUCCAAAACGCGGGUCAUGGAGAAGCCAGAUUUGCCGAAUAGUGGGGAGUGGGAUGAAGGUUCUGGAAUUGUAAAAGUCAGGAAAGAAGACCCAUCUAAGGACCACCUUAAAGAGCAUUCCGUGGAUGCCGAGGAAAAGUGUUGUUCAAAUGAGGAGGAGCCUCUAAUGCAAAGAAGGACAGAAUUUCUCUCAAGCACAUGCUGUUCAGAAGGCCCUCUGAAGCGUAAAGGAGAUAAUCAAGGAAGCGAGCAGGUUACAACAGAAACUCCAUUAAAACCUAUUGAAGAAGUACAAGGUACCAAGGUCAAUGGGACUAGGACGAUUAAUAAUUCAGGAUGCAGGAGUGACAAAGUGAGUAGAGAAUGCCCAGCUGAGCCCGGUGAAUGCCCAGAUGUAGACAAAAGCAUGGCCACUGGUGAGGUUUCAGAAACCAGCACCUUAGUUUCCCCAGAGCCUUUAACCUUUGCAGAAGCUGGGUUAACAGAAGCACCUUCCGAAGAAGAAAAAGAAUGUGAAGCAGAAACAGCAAGUCCUCCCUGUUUACUGCCAGUAGGGGAUCGGAGUAUUCCUGCCCUGGAGAGUGAAGAAGAUUUGUCUAAAUCGAUCCUUCUCUCCGAAGCACUUGACAAUCAUCAACAAGAUCCUUUCCUCCAGAGUGAAGGCAGUCAUUCUGCCCCUGCAGACCAGACCAGUUCUGUGACUGUACUAUCUUUAAAAGAAAGCUGUUCAGCUGCCUGUUUUGCAUUAGGGGAAGAACAGCUCCUGCAUCCCACAUGUGAAGAUGGAAAUCUGCUUAAUGCUGUUGCUGAGCAACAAGAAGGCAGCAGAUUAGACCACUCUGGCAACGGGGAAACCACUGACACCUCAGAAGUAAUCAGCACAAGGAACCUCCCUGCCAGGCAAGAAAGACAAGAAGGCACCCACUUGAAGAACUCAUGUAUUCCUGUUGCCGAAUCCACCGAUAAAUUUUCAAAAGAAGAUGACAGAAUCAUUUUAGAAAAGCAAGAUCGUUUGAAAAAGCAAGAGUGCCAGAGGAAAAUCUGUACCAGCGGUACUCAUCAAGAUGAAGACCUCAAUGAAGGAAAUUUUUCAGCCAGCCACCAGAAGUGUUUGGAUAAUGGCUCUAAGCUAAAGGAAGCGUCUUCUAGUGAACUCCUCUUUCGAAAAGAGCCCCCUGCCAGUAUAGGGGCAGAAGAGCCACUCAUUACAUUAAUUAAAGUAGUGGAAAACAGUCGAGCCACUUCGCAGUUGGAAGCUUAUAAAAACACUGACCCUGAUGGCGGUCCUAAAUUAAAUGAAACUGGUAUUCCAGAAGUAGACAGACAAAACCUUACUAAUGAAAUGAGUGAGCUUUCUUCCUGCCCUGUUGAUUCAGUCUCAAGGGGGAUGAAGAGCACAGAUGCUUCAACUAGAGAAAAGUCUCCCCAAAACUCUGUACAUCUGAAAUCCCCGGAGGACUCACUCCUUCGUAACAGUGAAGAGUGGUCUGUAGAAAAUAGGUUAAAAGAAGUAUAUAAUGAAGGAAGUAUGGAUUGUAGCCAAAACAGUUGCCGUGCUUUAGAAGAUAGUAACAAAGUAAUCGGUGACCAGCAAGCCACCCUCAUCAAAGCAAAUAGUAUAAAAGACCAGUGUUCACCAGUUGUUAAAACUUGUUGCUUUCCUUCAAGUAGUCCCAGAGAUGAUAAUGUCAUACCAGUCAAUUAUUCUUCUGUAAAGGGGCUCGCCAGUAUAGAGACAGUUAUCGAUUCAGAGAGUGAAGACCCAACUUUAAAUAACAGGGAGACGUUUAACCAUUUCAAAGAGCUUUCUUUCAAGGAAUGUGAAGCUUCUCCAUCUGAAGUUAAUUUUGGCUACUCUGGUGGGGUUCAGCAUGUACCGGCUAGAACGUGUGUUGUCAGGGGCACGGGUUCCGUUUCUGAGACCAGCAGAAUCUUAUCAGAAGCUGAGAUUCCUUCCAAAUGGACACCUAAGCAUGCCACAACAUCCAGUGAACACUUCUGUGAAAGAACAGAAGACAGCUCAGAUAUCAAUACUCCUGAAACUAGGAACCAUACGAAGAACUCAGUAGAACAAAGUAACCAAUGCACUUUAGAGAAAGAUGACCUUGAGAGAAUCAAAGUUGAAGAUGAUGUUCAUAAAGAUCCCACCAGCAAUGCAAUGGGUGCACAUUUAGUGGUCAGCCAAGAGGUAAACAGAGCCAAGCUUUCUGCCUCCCCAGCUCAUUUCCUAGAAGGAGCAAAGGGAGAAAACCCAGAAAAUAGACAGACAGUGAAUGGGAAGAAGACUUGUGAAUUUAACCUCUCUAAGGGUGAUAUUUCAGAGAACAGCGAAUCCUCUGGCAUUCCAAGUCCUGAAAUGUUGUUGGACCCAUCUCUUCAGUUGGAAUUCUCAGGCUUUAACAAUGUGAAACAAGCAGAUGAAUCUAUUAUUCAGGUGGCAAAUUGUGGCCUUGAUGACCGAAGUGACCUCCUUAACCUUUCAGCUGCAUACAGAAAUGAAAAUGAAACAUCAUUAGUUAAGCAGUCUGACCUGAGUGCCUGUGAAAUAAAGCCGAAAUUAAGUGAUAUUAAAAGAGAGCAAGACACAGUUUGUUUUGAAGAAUCUACGGAAGGGAUAAGCCCUGUGCAGCAAGAAGUGCAAGUUGCUAGAGAUUUCAGUAGCAUGCAGCUGCCUUGUGCACUUUCGAAGGCAGAUAUUCAAGGAAACCUUAAAAGUGGGGUGUCGUGUGAAAAAUCAACAUUUGGCAAGGUAGAUAUUAAUCACCCAGAUUGUAUCAGGGAUAACUCUGAAGAAGAAACAUCAGAAGUAAAACAGCCCGAUUCAGUUUGUAGUAGGGCAAAGCAAGAUGAAUCUGCAGGGGUUCAGUUAGAUGAAACAUCAAGGCUCAACUGGCCUCAAAGAAAUGAAUUUAGUAUUGUAGUUGAAAGUAUGGUUGAGCGAGAUUCAGAUUUAACGGGUACUGUUUCUUCCAAGACUGAAUCUCUUGAAGUAAUACAAUCAUGGGAAGUAACAGAAUCACAUGAAAGAAGAACAAAAGAUUCUGAUGAUGAAUCGAUGUUGAAAAGUGCAAAAAAAGUAUGUGACAGUAUAAUAGAAGUAAAAGCUGAAAUGCCCAGAGACUCUCGUGUGUCUAAUAUAGAAUCUUUUCCCAAUCAUGAGCCAAGAAGAAAAAUUGGGGGUGCGGUUAAUAUUUUAUUAAACGGCCCUCAUCAUGGAGAAAUGCUUAAGAGCACACCUUCAGAAGAAAUGCCAGAAACACCCGACACAUCAGGUUUUCAUAAUCAUUCCGGUUGUGAUAAAGAAGAUUCUGUAGCGAUCUCUUCAAAAGAGUCUAGAUUUUCUGGUUGCCAGAUCGAAAGAACUGUUUCUGAUGAGAAUUCACAACUAGUUGAAAAUGAAGCUUCUGAAGUACCUUUACAGCCUUCCUCCUUGGAGAAGAAUUCGGAAACCAGUUUAAAUAGAAUCUUGAUUGAUAAAUUUGGACAGACAGGGUGUUCUGUACAAGCAGGUGACCGAAUGCUUUCUGAAAACUCAGAGGUUAAUGAAAAAUUGCCGGAGGAAAUGCUGAAAAGCACCACAGUCGAACUCUGCGUAGGCAGCAGAAUACCUUCAAAGAGUGAUAAUUUAGAAAUAGCUGGUGUACAUUUACCUUCUGAGAUUAAUUCGGGAAGCAAAGCAAAUAGGAAAGAGAUUGAAGGAACACAACUGGGAACAGUGAAUCAUUCAUCAAUUGAAGAGGUAGCUAGAGAAAGAAUCACUAGAGAUGACGAAUGUGAUAAAUAUAAGCAAACGAGGACAGGUAAAGACCCUGUCCGAAUUGCUUCCACCUGCGAGUCUCGGGUAGUAGACCAGAAGUCCACAAUCCCCGAGAAAUCUAAAGAACUGCAGCAGCAGACUGUGUUUAGUGCUGAGCCUUUCAAGCAGGUACCCGGAGAUAUAUCAUCAGCUGCCAAGGAGCCUGAGCAUCUUUUAGGACAGGACUUUUCUAGCAGGAGACACCGGAAACAUAAAAACAAUACUCUGAAGGAUAUUAAAAGGGCCAAGAUUUUCAAGGAUGAUGCUGCGUCAUGGCCUUUGAGGAUCAGAAGUUCAGAAAUGGCCUCUCUGGACCGUCGACUAGGUAAUUGCAUUGAUUUACCCGCAGAUCCUGGCCUCCCGGCUUCCCAGAUGAUACCUCAAAGCGACAACUCCGCGAGGGGUGACGAAAAUCCAGGUGCCUUUGCGAAUACCCCAAUUCCAGUAAAGAAACAGCCCAGUCGAAAAUGUAAAAAAGUUCCAUCUCAAGAGCAAAUCAAGACCAUAAGAAGAAAGAGAAUUCAAAGUUCAGGUUUUUUAAGAAAUUCUUCUGAAACGAUUCUUAAAAGAGAACACGAACUCUUUAGUUGCUCUCUUGGUGCAUCUAAGCUACCAGAAACAAAAGCAGAUACAGCCAUAAGCUCGAUCGACCGUAUGCCAAAGCAGAGGGCCACUGCCUGUAGCCUGUGGGCCAGAAGGAGACACAGGGACUCUACCAAAGAGCCGGCCCUGCUGAAGAAGUUGUCCGUCCUUGCCAGUAAACUACUGAAUCCCGCCAAAAACACCCACAAGGUAACGCCUUCGCAAAGUUCCUCCAGAGCUCUUCCAGUGGCCGAACGAUACAACCAGCUCAGAUUUAAAAAUCUUCUGGAUGUAUUUUCGUGUAUCAGUAUGCAGUUGGACUCUCCUCGGGCUGAUGAGAGGCGCAACAAAAUGCCUGACUUUCAGCCUCUGGCACUUUAUCCCACCGAAGCCAUCCAAAUACGCUUCUUAGACUUGAAUAACAAAACACCCUCGUUGCUUUUCGAUACCCCGAUCUUCCCAAUUUCCUUUCAUAUAAAACUGGAAUCCGAUCCCGCGGCCGAGAUUUCAAGGAUUGUUUCCGAGCACUGUGCACCUGCUAGACCUGCCUUAGGAGAAACCCCUGCAAGUUCACCUCAGCCUCCAAAAUGGAACUUUUCUUUUCUUAUGUCCCAAAGUUCUUCAGGGGCAGCCACUGUCAGGGAAGAAAUUGGCUUCGGCGGUGAUUUGCAGAACCCUGCUACCCGAGAACCCCCACUUCCUACUCAAGUCUGUAGAAGAAACACCAUAGCAACAAACAGAGCAACUUGCUCUGUGCUUGGCCUUCAUACCUUUUUAGCACUUUCCUCCCCUGGAUGUUACAGGAUCUGGACAAGAAGAAGGAACUUCUCCAGUCACACCCCUUCCAUCCAGAGGCUCUUCUUGACACAGUUUUCACAGGGCUUAAAGGGGUUAAGAUCUCCUACUUCCAUAUCAGAUGAUCUCUUCUCUUCACUGCCCUACUCCCUGGGAAGGGUCCUCUCCAUAUGGAGCCAGCAUGGUCCUCCUACCUGCCCCUUCAAAAUCACUACUCUCCAUUCCAAUCGCAGCGAGUGGCAGCCAAGUCUGCAGCCAAGUCAGACCGCCGAGAACAGCUUUGUUGUGUUACCACAUGUGCCUCCCCCAGGCAUAGAUGCUUCCAGCACCGAAGGCAAUAACAUGAGGCUGGAACCUCCAUUCUCUGCUCUGCUACCAAAGUCGUGUUUAGCUCCAGAACCAACUUUAAUAACACACAGACUUUCAGCCUCCAACUUCCAGGUUCCUCCAUUUGACGAGCUUGAUGUCUCCACUCCUGAGUGCCCCGUGCCACAAAAUGGUACCCAACAGAAAGAGAUGGAGCCCAAGAAGAAGCCCAAGAAGGUCUCUCAAAUCCGGAUCCGGAAGACCGUUCCUAAGCCAGACCCGAACCUCACCCCCAUGGGGCUGCCUCGACCCAAAAGGUUAAAGAAGAAAGAAUUUAGUCUGGAAGAAAUAUACACCAACAAGAAUUACAAGUCCCCUCCUGCAACCAGGAGUUUAGAGACCAUCUUUGAGGAACCCAAGGAGCGAAAUGGAGCACUCAUCUCGGUGAGCCAGCAGAAGAGGAAGCGGAUUCUGGAGUUCCAAGACUUCACCAUCCCUCGGAAGAGGAGGGUCCGUGGGAAAGUCAAGGUGAUGGGCAGCUUCACACGGGCCAAAAAGGCCGCACUGCAAGGCAGAGAGCUGGAUGCCCUUCUCAUUCAGAAGCUGAUGGACCUAGAAGCUUUCUUUGCUGAAGAAGAGGAGAGGGAGCAAGGAGCAAGUUGCUGAGAAGAGUCGGUUGGUUGGGGACGGAUGAGUUUCUUUAGGAUUUUGUUUUUAACCUCCCGGGGAAAGGUUCUGAAAAUCCCCAUCACAGAAUCCGCACUAUCCAGCUACCUAGUGCGCAAAUUUUGACCCUUCUGAAUGGACAGUGGAAUUGGGUUGCCUCCGUCCACUGUUGAGAGAACCUCAAGAAGGCUCUCCUUCCUCCCUGACCUCAACUGAUAUCCAACUCUCCUCCACAGUAAUGUCUCUGGGAGAGGGAAGGAGCCAGACCCUCAAUAACACUGGCUGUUUAGGACUUGGGGGAGAUUUUGCACGUCCAUUUAAAAGCCCAACAUGGUUCACGACAGUGUUUUUUAGUCCAAGUAUUUUAAUUAGAGGCAGCUUACGUGGGAGGUGGACGAAAUAGUUUGCUCUGGGGAUACCCCUAGCUCAUUUCCACAGGUGGAGAAAGACUUGGGGUUAUGUUUUUUAUUCCUUGAAUCCAUCUGCCCAAAUCCUGGUUCCGUGUGUGUCUUCCCACCCCAGCUUUUGGAGUUUUGGGUCAGUAGUACCGGAGAAACCUGAGAAAGUCCCUUUCUAAAUAAGUUGCACUUUUUAAUGUUUUGAAGGUAGAUUUUUUAAAUUAUUAUUACUGGUGCAUGUUGGGAGCCUUUUAAAUGUGAUUUUUGUUUUUUAAACUAUUAAGGCAGACUUCCAUAUUUUAAGCAGAUAGUUUUUUUUUCCAGUUUGUGGCAUGUUUGACCCAGUUUAUUGAUUUAUCAUCAUUAGGAACUGGAAACAAACUUUCCUUAUUCAUCAAUUUUUAACAAUCCUUUUGCCACCUGCAGAAUUGCCCCGGUAAAUGUUUGGGACUUGACCCAGAGAAUUGGGCUCCCACAGUGAAAUGGAAUCGGCCCUCUAAUAAUUUUAUUUGCAUUGGAUUAGAGCCGGGUUGUGGUGGGUUUUUUUCCCCUGUUCAUUUAUAAAAAAACAAGUAUCAGGUGAGAGUUUUGUCCCCAAAUUGAACUCAAGACAGAUGUGUAACUGAGCUGUACUCAAUGAUGGGGGGGUUGUGGAAGAAUUGCCCCCCAAGACUGCACUAAUGGGAGAGCCAUCUGCUUCAAGUGUAGGGUCAGGGAUCAUUAAUGGCUUAAGAUCCACUAAUAAUUAUUAGUCAUGGCGCCAGGAAAUCAUGCAUCCGGCCCACUCCAGGGGAGCUGGGCUGUCCUCCGGCUGCCUUGUUAGAUCUUACUUGAAAUGUCCUAGAGGCAGCACUGGCCGUUAGUUGGUAGUUCAUUGUUCAGAGCCUGUGAGUGUCUCCCGGGUAAUGUCCACUCUCUAAGUCAAUUAAGUCCCCAGUUUUUAUUCCUCCUCCGCUUCAGCUAAGUACUGUUCUCCUCCAAAGUGACUUUUCCUACCUGCAUGCAGGACAAGCAAGAGCGCUCAGAACUGCUAUUCCUGAGGUCACGAAGUGGACCUGGUUUCCUCUUAAAUCUUCGGGAGGCUCCAAUGUUGAGGACUCAUGGUGCUAUAGAAUGACCCUGCCAGAGCCCAAAGACAGUUAUGAUCUGUCCAUCUGGAAGCCCAACCAGCUUAAAUCCAGUUUUUCUUCUGUCCCCAGCCUUCAGCUGGGGCUCUGAUCCCCUUGGGCCUUUCUUUUGUGGGUUGACCGACUGCCAUACUGGGGAAACUGGAAGAAUGAGGAGGAUAAAAUGUAGAGGCCUUGUUCUUCUUGAGUAAAGGAGGAUAGGACUCUUUGUGCCCAGGAACCGUAGCAUUUUUGCUACUGAAGUACAAUCCCACAAGAGCAUCUAUGUAACCCCUCCAGAUCUCCAUCUUUCUAGGUCAGGGUUCCGUCCUCAACACUAAAGCUCAUCCACGGUCCUCCUGUCGGGGGGAACUGGCCGGGCCAGGAAGCGGUUUAUUGUCUUUUCAAGAUGUCUCCAGCAAGGACCUGCUAAGACACCUGGUACCCAGCGAGCCACUUCCUGCUCCAAAUGGCCAGAUGUCUCUUGGGGUGAUAUGGUCCAGCUUGUGAGCGUGUGUGGGCAGCUGUGACUACACGUGCACGUGUCACGGGAGACGUAACUCACAGGAUUGCUUGGGGAUGGAACUCCUUCGGUUGGUUUGAUGUAUAGUAAUGGGGAAGGAGGGAGUAAUCUCAGGUCCAAACAGGGUUCUGCCUCUCAUCUUUUUCUCAAGGUUUUUAUUGUCUGUUUUAUUUUUACCUCUUAACCAAACUAUGUUUUGUCCCUUUCAUUUUUCCUGGCUUCAUAACUUCAUUUUUCUGGUAGUCGGAACGUCCGGCACCUCAUUCCUCCAUUACAAGAGACUGUGUGUAUUUUUUUUUUCCUUACUGACCUUACCUUCGGAAAUUUCAACAGAGUGAGGUGCAGUAAAGAGAUAUGUAGCAUUUGCCUUAUUCAGAGCUGGAAUGGCUCAGAAAAAUCAUGCUGUGAAUCCCAAAACAUGCUCCUCUGAGCUGUGAAAAUCCUGAUCCUUCAUCACGAUUUUGCCUGAAGGGUUCUCUCGCAUGGUGCAGCUGUACUUCGGUUAGCUGAAUUCUAAACCAUACCAUCUUAACAAUAUAAACUUCUGGCCUGAUCCUCAUUCUGCCAGGGGGCCAAGGUACAGGCUAUUGUUAGCAGCAGCCUUAGGCUGCUUUAGAUGCAGCGUAGCAAGAGCUCAAAGCAGGAGCUCUCAGCCUCCAAGCUUGUGAUUUCAUCUCACGCCACAUCAUGGGUGCAUAGAGAAACCACGGAGGACCAACUUUUAGGCAGCCGCCUUGUGUGCCCCAUCCGUCCCCCCUGAGUAAACAUUUUGGUUUUCGGUAAGGUUUCCUCUGAGGUCUGUCGAAGGUCCUCGUCCGAACGGUGUCCCGAACAGCUGGGUCCAGAGCGUGUAGAAAAAAAUUGACAGAAGUUGCCGGUGUUCUUUUCUGGGUCUCCUCCCAUCAGGGAGCUCUGCCAAGUGAACUGAACUCCUUAUUUACAUCAUAAGCUAACAAAAAAAGGCUUCAUUUGACCAGAAUCCAAUUUCAAUAUUUCCACCUAAGCCCCGAGCCAAACGAGCGGCAAAGGCUACUCGGCGCAUGCUUCCGUCCAUCCAGCACUGUGUGUAAAAUGGAUGCUUGUAAGAGUUUUCACAAGGCCAGCAGCUGCCCGAAUAAAGUGCUUCUGUGAUGUGAUAAAGAGUUCAGUGAAAUUUGUACAUUUUUGGGGUCACAUGGACCUGAGUCAUUCCCCCGCAGUUUUCAUUUCUGUUUGGUAGUUUGUGACUCAAAUUCCCUCUGUUGUGUGUGUUAAUUUAUGGAAAUAAAUUUUUUUUUGGAAACCUUUC